UUGUCAUGCGUCUGGGGUUCAGAAAGAGACACCCCCACCAUCGGAACUUCUAGGAGCCAUGGGAAUACAAGCGACGGAGGGAAUAUAAGCGACGGGGUCAACGUGAGCGAUGGACCGUCUAACAAUGAUAGCCCCGAUCAAGGAGGCAAACCCAGACAAUUUAUACCUGAUGAUUAUGCGAAUGCUGCGGAUAUAGAUUCUUGGGAUGAACACGAAUUGGCAUGGCACAGUGAAGAAGAAGAUGACACUUCGUUUGACGAUUGUGCCGACUUGGAUCGCCAUUUGGAAUGGGAGGCAAAUAUGAAAUUGUCGCCAGGAGAACUACAGGAUAAUAAUGACUUUGGAGAGCUUCCGUAUGCUUAUAUCUCUGAGGAUAGGCCUGAAAACUUGUUUACUCCAAAAGCUCGAAGCAUGGACAUGGAAUACGCCAAUGAAGAGUCGCCCACGGUGCCUUCUUACCAGCAUGGUCAAGAAACUUUGCAGUCAAGUCAACAGGCCGCCGAUGUUAAUGACGAACUACCGUCUCAGGAUUCACUUCGCGGAGAUAUCAGGCCUGUGUCACGCAACAUCCAUGUACUAGGAACAGGGCCAGUUGGACAGUUCAUUGCAUUCAACCUUGCUGGAUUGGACUCUCCACCGCCAAUUACUCUACUGAUGCAUCGACCACUGUUGCUCCAACAAUGGCAACAAACUGGCGAAGUACUCAGAGUACUCAAAGAUGAGAUUAUCAGGGAGCAAUUUGGUUUCAACGUUGAAUUAUCUGCGACUUUUAAUAUUCCUGGGCCCGAGUUAGAUAUUAGCAGCACUGAGCACAGGUUUGGAUAUUCGGAGGAGGUGAUAGAUAAUCUGGUCAUUACUACGAACGGGGCCAAAACCGUGGCGGCACUUACAUCGAUCAGGCAUCGUCUUCGGCCUCAUUCGACUAUAUGCUUUGUGCAACAUGGGGCAGGUGUUAUCGAGGAUGUCAACAUACACGUUUUCCCAGAUAUUCAAGAUCGUCCCCACUACAUGCUUGGCAACUUGUCGCAUGGAGUAUUUGCAACAGGGCAACUAUGGACUGUCGCUCAAACUACGCAGGGAGAGCUGAAGCUUAGCAUUUCGCAACCCGAGACCAAUGCAGCAACUAACGCGCCAGCUACCGCGCCAGCUAAUGGACUAUUGACUACGGGUAUAGAGAGGAAGCUCACCAAUAGCUGGGCACCAUCUUCAAGAUACAUGUUGAUGGUACUGAGUCGAUCCCCUCAACUUAAAGCUGUAGGGUUAAACUAUCCUGACUUCAUGAAAUUCCACCUCGAAUUCAUUGCCGUCAACUCCGUCAUCGGGCCGUUAUCCGUCAUCUUCGAUUGUUCGAACGAUCACCUCUUGUACAAUUUCCAGGCGAGCCUAACGAUGAGGUCCCUUCUGAAGGAGAUUUCAGAAGUUUUGAUAAAACUUCCAGAGCUCACGACAGUUUCAAAUCUAACCAAGCGUUUUGGGAAACGCAGACUUGAAAGCAUGGUAUUAUCGGUGCUUGCUCGCAGUGGAAAGAAUGUGACAUCCAUGUUACAAAAUGUUAGAACUGGAAUGAAGACGGACAUUGAUUUCUAUAAUGGCUAUCUCGCCCGACGAGCUAAGGAAUUGGAGAUCCCUUUCACCUCAAAUGAGCUGGUUAUAAGUAUGGUCAAGGCAAAACAAGCCAUGAAAUCAAGGGAAAUGAAUUCAUAUAUACCUGUGGUUGAACGGAGAUAG